AUGGCUGCUAUUAACUGCACCACUCCACUAUCACAGAGGCUUUACUAUAGGGCACAGGUGCAUAUGCUGAUUUUACUUCUACCACUGCCACAUGCUCAAGAGAGACCACGCGCAGUACUAAGUGUAUCUCCACAGAGCUGGGUGACUGAAAGAGACUCAGUGACUCUAAUCUGUAAUGUUACAGACUCCUCUACAAACUGGACAUUCAGCUGGUACAGAUAUUUUUCUUACAGAGACAAUGAUGGCAAUAUUCAAUAUAGUCUAGAAUUACUGAAAGGAUCUCAAUGGUCCUACACUAUCAGUCUUGCUGCUGCUGCUGAAGAUACUGGGGUUUAUAGCUGCAGGGGAAAGAGAGGAAAACCAGCCUUUUUCACACUGGACAACAAACAACAACCACUGUGGAUCAUUGGUAAAUCUCCUUCGGUCUCUCUGAUCAUCAAUCCCAGCAGAACUCAACACUUUAGUGGUGACUCUCUCUCACUGAGCUGUGAGGACCAGAGUAACUCUACUGGAUGGAUAUUGGAAAGAUAUACACAGAGUGAGGGAGUGUUAGAUUGUUCACGGUGGGGAUCAGUUACAGGAUCUACAUGUGAAAUCAGCUCCCUCUCCACAUCCUACACUGGAGUUUACUGGUGUGAGUCUGAAUCUGGAGAAAACAGUAAUCCUGUUAACAUCACAGUGCAUGAUGGUGAUGUGAUCCUGGAGAGUCCUGUCCAUCCUGUGACUGAGGGACAUCCUCUGACUCUACGCUGUUUAUAUCGCAACACAAAUCCCUCAAACCUCCGAGCUGAUUUCUAUAAAGAUGGAUCGGUUUGCCAGAAAAAGACUACAGGAGAGAUGAUCAUCCAUGAUGUCUCAAAAUCAGAUGAAGGAUUCUACUACUGUAAAUACCCAUGGAAAACAGAGUCAGAGAAAAGCUGGGUCUCAGUCAGAAGGAUGAUUUCAGUUCCACCAGAGCCAGAUGUUCCAGGAAGCUCUAAAGCUUUGGUUUCCAUGAAACCUGAUAAACACGUGUACAAAGGAGAUAAAGUUACUCUCAGAUGUGACAUACAGGGAGGAGACACUGAUUGGAGCUACAACUGGUAUAGGAAUAAAAACAAAGUCUUUUCAGACAACACAAAUCAGGAGGUCAAUAUGUAUGUUAAAUUUAUUGACAGAGGUAAAUACACCUGCAGAGGAGAGAGAAAUGGCUCUCAGAGCUCAGCUAUCAGUGAUGCUGUUACACUGACUGUAUCAGAGAGACCACAGGCAGUACUGAGUGUAUCUCCACAGAACUGGCUGACUGAAGGAGACUCAGUGACUCUAAGCUGUGAGGUUACAGACUCCUCUACAAACUGGACAUUCAGCUGGUACAGAGAUGUUUCCUACAGAGACAAUAUUAGCCAAAUUCUCUAUAAAGAGGAACUUCUCUCAGACAGCAGCAGAGGAUCUCGAGGGUCCUACACUCUCAGUCCUGCUGCUCUUAAUCACACAGGAGUUUAUAUUUGUGAUGCAAAGAGAGAUGACCCAUCCUUUUACAUGCAUUACAAAUAUAAACAGGCACUAUGGAUAAAUGGUGAAUCUCCUCCAGUCUCUCUGAUCAUCAAUCCCAGCAGAACUCAACACUUUACUGGUCACUCUCUCUCACUGAGCUGUGAGGACCUGAGUAACUCUACUGCGUGGACAGUGAGACAAUACCUACCCCAAUUUUAUGGUACAAUUUGCUCACAAUCAGGAUCAGUUACAGGAUCUACAUGUAAAAUAAGCUACCUCUCCAAAUAUGACACUGGAGUUUACUGGUGUCAGUCUGAAUCUGGAGAAAACAGUAAUCCUGUCAACAUCACAGUUCAUGAUGGUAAUGUGAUUCUGGAGAGUCCUGUCCAUCCUGUGACAGAGGGACAUCCUCUGACUCUACGCUGUUUAUAUCGCUACACAAAUUCCUUAAACGCCCUCGCUGAUUUCUAUAAAGAUGGAUCAGUUCUCCAAACACAGAGUACAGGAGAGAUGAUCAUCCACAAUGUCACAAUGUCUGAUACAGGUUUCUAUCACUGUAAUCACUCAGAGAGAGGAGAGUCACCUAAAAGCUGGGUCUUAGUGAGAAGCUCAGGUUCGGGAUCCAGUUUCAGAACAGUAGGAUUUGCUGUGGGACUGAGUUUGGCCUUUCUGUUCAUUGCUUUAUUAAUUUUAAUGAUUCUGCUGUGGUGCUGCAAAUUUCAGAAAGAAAAGAAGCAGAAAAACAAUCAGACAUCAAAGGAGAAUCAGCAUCAGUCAGGAGCUUUCGACUCUCAGUCAGGAUACACACCACUUCAGACUGGAGAAGGUGCAGCUGAGAGCAGUGACGAGACUUACUCACAGGCCACAGAGAAAAAGAAGAUAAAUCGUAAGAAUGAUGUUGAUGCUGAACCCAGUAGUCAAGAUGUGACUUAUGCUGAAAUUGAAAUGAAACAAAAGAAAAAAUGCAUGCGAAAAACAGAAAAAGCUAGUCUAGAUGCUGAUACUGUAUACUCAGAGGUGAAGAUGAAUGCUGAGUGAGCCAUAUGCCUACGUAUGCUGAUAAAGUCAUGGUUAACUGUUUUUGUACAAAGUGGUGAAGGGGCGAUACCAAUUCAGUUCAGCAGUGGUAAAAAGAAAUGUUUUCCCAAAUACAUAUGCAAGCCUAUGCAAAAACAUAAACUCUUUAACUAAUACUUUUUUUUUUUUUUUUUUUUUUUACUUUACUGCUGUGUUUUAAAUGUGCUAAUUAAUGCCUUUAAAAGUCCUAGACUGCAUUACUGCCCUGGUGGAUCUUUAAACAAACCUCAGCUUGUCCUUAGCAUGAACAAAGUCAGAGAACAAGAUCUGCAUUCUUAUUCAGCCUAAAUGAUCUAAAGAUCUUACUUUGGCUUAAUCAUGUUGAAUCCAAUUGUUUAUAUCAGAUAACAACUUAAAACUAUCAAGUGCAGGUAUUGAAUAUGUACUGUGUGUUCUUUUAAUUUUAUGAGGGCUGUUUUUCUUGACUGCUAUUUUUAGCAUUAUGAGGUCUUGUUGUAUAGCACACAUUUUGUAUUUGAUGAGAAAUUUAUUUGUUCUAAUUAAUUAUUACAAACUUAUUCUGUGCUGUUGUUUUACAUAAUCAUUUCUCAGGCAUCUGUCACUUAUGUUAAUUGUAUGUAUUUAAUUCAUUCAUUAAUUAAAGUAA